AUGGACUUGGUAAUCAUACUUGCGGCAGUACCAAGAAAACCUAGGAUGACAAGAGAUGAUUUAUUUAAAAUAAAUGUUGGAAUUGUGAGGACCCUUUGUGAAGGAAUUUCCAAGAGCUGCCCCAAUGCAAUUGUCAACUUCAUUAGUAAUCCAGUGAAUUCCACAGUUGCUAUUGCUGCAGAGGUUUUCAAGAAAGCUGGUACAUAUGAUCCAAAGGGACUACUGGGUGUUAUGACUGUUGAUGUUGUGAGGGCAAAUACUUUUGUGCCUUGUGCUUUUACGGAUUCGUACGAGAAGUUCAAGAAAGCAGGAGCAGUGGUUGUUGGGAUAAGUGGUCAUGAUGUUGCCUCUCACAAUGCAUUGGCCAGCAAGUACACACUUCCAUUUACUUUGUUGAGUGAUGAGGGUAACAAGGUGAGGGAACAAUAG